AGAUCUCGUGAACGUUUUCCACCGGCGCUUGCGAGGAAACAGAAGCUUUCCGCGAACAGUCUUCGCUCAGGCUCUGAUCAACGAAGUUAGGAUGGUUAAUCAGAUCGCCUCCUUGUCCUAUUUAGUAGAAAGUACUGGUGUCAAAGACGGAACUGCAGAUUUCGAGAAGGCAAUCAAACUUUGCGGAUACGGAAAGUUUCACUAUGGUUUCCUGUUGCUGUGUGGAGUAAUGUUCCUUUGUGUUGGAUGUCAAAAUGGAAUAAAUGCAUACAUUUUACCGUCCGCCGAAUGUGAUCUCAAAUUAACAUCCGAACAAAAAGGACUUUUAAAUGUCUUCUUUUUAUUAGGUGGAGUUGUAAGCUCCCUAUUUUGGGGAGUAUUCGCUGAUGCCUAUGGCAGAAGAUACAUUCUCCUCCUAACUCUAUUCACUGAUAGCAUUUUAUCAAUUGGAGGCAGUCUUUCGCAGAGUUUCAAUGUACUGCUGAUAUUCAGGGCACUCAGUGGAUUCUUCAUUGGUGCUCCUGGUUCUCUAGUCUAUUCGUACCUCGGUGAAUUUCAUGCAGAGAAACAAAGAGUGAAAACAAUAUGUUACGUUGGUUUCUUUUGGACCCUAUCGUGGCUAAUAUUGCCUGGUUUGGCUUGGAUCAUCAUACCAUUACCACUUUCCUUUCAAUUCAACGGAAUAGUAUAUAAUUCUUGGCGUCUCUUCUUGGCCGUAAUUGGAAUACCAACCAUGUUAAUUACUCUAAUAGCUACCAGGUAUCCUGAAAGCCCGAAAUUUUUGGUCUCUCAAGGCAGAACGGAGGAGGCGUUAGCUAUUUUGCGAAAAAUCUAUGCGAUUAAUACUGGACACCACGAAGACGAAUAUCCCGUAAAAAUGCUGUUGCCUGACGAUACGAUGAGUAUUACCGGUAAUAAAUCAUCCUAUUCUAACAAAGACAGUGUACUGACGGAAUUGUUAAGGAACGUUUGGCAACAAAUGCGAUGCCUUGCAUCACCGCCACUUUUGAAAUAUGCACUCCUAUGUUGGGCCAUAUACUUUGCAAAUAUGUUUGGGUACUACGGUUUCGGUUUAUGGUUACCAGAACUGUUCAAUCGCUUCGAAAACUACCAUAACUUGCAUCCAAAUCGUACAGUGAGCGUAUGCAAAUUGGUGCGCGAAACAAAUCUCGAACUUGCCGUAGCGGCUCCGAAAAAUAUUUUAGUCGAUUCAGUAGGCAUUGUGAACGAGUGUUCUCCAAACAUGGAUGAAAUGGUCUUCAUUAAUUCAUUAACGAUCAAUGCCUUUUGCCUGCUUGGAAACAUUGUGUCCGGUUAUUUAGCGAAUCGCGUUGGCAGAAGAACAAUACCAGUAACGACCAUGUUAUUGGCUGGCGUCUUCGGUUUCAUGAUCUAUUUUGUCACGUCUUCCGUGCAAAUUCUCAUGGUGAGCUGCAUGUUCUCGUUGAUGAUAGUCACGGCAAAUUUCGUCAUCAGCAGCAUCGUGGUCGACAUAUUCCCGACACACGUAGGCGCCGUAACCAUUUGUAUGAUGACCUGUUUCGGCAGAAUCGGUGCAAUCGCCAGUAAUCUAGCUUUUGGAAUGUUGUUGGAUAUCAGCUGUGAAGUGCCGAUCUUCUUGGUCGGCAGUAUAGUAAUACUUGGUGGAUUGCUGGCCUUCGUUCUUCCAAAGAAAAAGAGCUGAACGUGUCCUCCAGUAUAAAAACGAAAGAGAACAAGAAUAAAAUACACUACGCUUAUUGCAACGUUCAACGACCGAUCAUUCCACGAUAUUUUUUAAACAUCACAAACGUCGUUCGUUUUAUAAAUCCUUCGUACAACGUUGUUAAAUGUAACAAACAAAAGGCAGCUUUUAUUAUUCUCUCUAUUCUGAUGAUCUUGAUAAAUUAAGCGCUGUAUACAAAGAGGGCGUACAUGGUAGGGACCAAAAUUAAUAUAAUGUUAAUGCUAUUUAAAACUUUUUUAAAUCUUUCUUCCCUUCUUCGGAUUAUAGGGGUAGCAAGAACUCCCUAAAAGUAAAAACUGAACGUGCUUCAUGCAUGUUGUUGAUGUAAUUAUUGAAAAAUUUACGUGGAUAAUUUUCUAUUGAAAAUUAAAUUAAUUUGCACUUAUCAAUUCGGUAAAAUGGUACUUAAAUGGAAUAAUGAUCUUGGGGGUGAAUUCGGACAUCCGAAGAAGGAUUAAAUUUAUAAUGUUUUUAAAAUUGUAUAUACGAAAUCUUCUAUGAAAAUUAUUUUAUCGUGAAAAUUGAAUCAAUCAAAAAUGAAAAAAAUUAUAUUUUACAAAUAAAUACCUCGUGAAUAGAUCUCGUCCAUUUUCUACGAAGUUGAAUGAACAAAAUGUAAAUAGAAUAGCUUUGAAAUUUCAUAAAGAAUACUGUUUCACAAUUUUCAAAGUCUCCUUGUUAAAUGGAACUCUGUUAUUUAUAAAGCCAAAUCACAACAACUAAAUAUUUCAUAUUUUGUAAAUAUACAGAAUGAUCUACUAAAUCAUAUUAUAUAUAUUUAAUUAUCUAUUUAGUAAUGAAACGAGACUUUUCUGAUCUAAAGUAUUUAAAUUCUGUUCAAUGUUUUCUUGGUUCUUUUAUAUUGAACAGAAUUAUUUAAAAUUAUAAAUUACAAAAUGGAGAUAAUUUUUAGGUGUCAAAUAUUCAAUGGAAUAUCUAAUUUUCAUAAGGCUGCUUACAAUUUGUUAGCUGGCAUUUUCAGUAUGAGAUUUCACGUGUGCAUGUGUGAAUGCAUAUGUUUACGUAAAUUGUGUAUAUAUGUGUGUUGAAGUUAAAUGUAUAAAUGCGAACGAGUUGUGUUAGAAAGUAUGAAAAGGAUAAUAAAUUUUUUAAAUCAAUUAA